GAUCACAGAGGGUUUCAGUGGGCUCUGAGGUGGCAGUAUCGCGUCUGAUGGCUCUGUCGCUCUGAAAGGAGGCACACUUCUCUUCACAUCUCCAUCGACAGCCUUUCGUCGUUAUAUAUCCCCUUCAUGAUGCGACCUAUGGGCUCCUGCAGUCCGAUGUGAUAUUGAAUAUGGACACUGCGGAUCUGUCAAACUCUCUUUUGAUCUCGUGCGAUGAUCACCAUGGCAAUAAUAAUUACGCGUCAGGAAAACAGCGUGUCAUUUGCUGCGGUGUGUCGAGCGCGUGAGGGCGCGCUGUGUGUCAGACAGUGACCAUCAUCACUAUCUAGUGAGUGUGUGUCCAUACGAGUGUAGACGAGGAGAUGUCCAGGCGCGCCUGAACACAAGCGUCUCUGCUGCCGCGUAGCUGAGCUUCAGUGCCGUUCACGUGUUACGCAUCCCGUCGGUGGAAGCCCGGUGUGGAAGGGUGGUUCCGGAUUUUAAGGAAAUCCCCCGCCGUAUACAGAGAGACCACCCGGAUUCUGCGGAGGAAUGCCUCAACACGGAGAGGAGCGUCUUCCAGUUGCGUCGACCCGGGUCUCGGAGAAGUGCAGUGGGCGACUGCACAAACAGACUGUGCACGCAGAGGCACAAUAAAGGCCUGGACAGCAGCCAGACACACACACACGCAGGUGCAAGACCUGACUUGAGUAUCUAUCUAUCUAUCUAUCUAUCUAUCUAUCUAUCUAUCUAUCUAUCUAUCUAUCUAUCUAUCUAUCUAUCUGGCUCAUACUGUGAGACUACCAAAAACACAAAGCGUUUCAGUCUGAUAGACUCAAACUCACAGGAGUCCCAAGUGUGUGAGAGCCGGUCAGGAUGCAGGUCUCAUUCGCUUGUACGGAGCACAAUCUGAAGAGCCGCAGUGAGGACCGGCUGUGCGGCCUGCGAACUGCCCCUCCACCAGGGGGCAGCAACAGCGGCGGAGGAGGGAGUGGACAGGGGGGCAACGGCCACUACGCCCCUCACAGCUUGGUCAAGUCUCGGGACGUGGCGGGGUCCCGACCCCUGCCGCAAGGCCACGCCCACAUGAAGGAGGCUCUUGGACGACACAGUAGCAUGAAAUACAGAAACCUCGGAAAGUCUGGUCUGCGUGUUUCUUGCUUGGGUCUUGGGACCUGGGUGACAUUUGGAUCUCAGAUCUCUGAUGAGAUGGCAGAGAGUGUGAUGACGAUAGCUUAUGAGAAUGGAGUCAAUCUGUUCGACACAGCCGAAGUGUACGCUUCAGGCAGGGCUGAAAUCACUCUAGGGAAUAUCAUCAAGAAGAAAGGCUGGAGACGGUCCAGUUAUGUAGUAACGACUAAGAUCUACUGGGGAGGACAGGCAGAGACAGAGAGAGGCCUGUCCAGAAAACACAUCAUAGAAGGUCUCAGAGGGUCCCUGUCUAGACUACAGCUGGAGUACGUGGAUAUAGUCUUCGCCAACAGGAACGAUGUGAACAGCCCUAUGGAAGAGGUAGUACGUGCGAUGACAUUUGUUAUAAACCAGGGGAUGGCCAUGUACUGGGGCACGUCCCGCUGGAGUGCCAUGGAGAUCAUGGAGGCGUACUCUGUAGCGAGGCAGUUUAAUCUAAUCCCACCGGUGUGUGAGCAGGCCGAGUAUCACUAUUUCCAGAGGGACAAAGUGGAGGUGCAGCUGCCAGAGCUCUACCACAAGAUCGGUGUUGGAGCCAUGACCUGGUCUCCUCUGGCAUGUGGGCUGAUCACUGGGAAAUACAGUGACGGCGUUCCAGACUUUUCCAGAGCCGCAAUUAAAGGCUAUCAGUGGCUGAAGGAGCGAGUGUUCAGUGAAGAGGGACGCAGACAGCUGGCAAAAAUCAAAGAGCUCCAUCUGGUGGCUGACAGACUGGGCUGCACGGCUGCUCAGCUCGCCAUCGCGUGGUGUUUGCGUAGUGAAGGGGUCAGUUCUGUACUUCUUGGUGUCUCCAAUACAGACCAGCUUCUUGAGAACCUCGGAGCCCUGCGGGUGCUGUCUCAGAUGACGCCUCAGACAGUGAGCGAGAUGGAUGCUCUUCUGGGCAACAAGCCUCACUCCAAGAAAGAGUCACGUGCGUGAGGAACCAGAGAGAUGACAUGAACAUGUGCAGCCGGAAAAGACAAAGAACGCAACAGGGAAAAGACGGAAUACGGCGUGCCAUCGCUUUCCUGACCUCCCGUAUAUUACAACACCUGCAUGCCUUCUGCAACAUGCUUCCAGCCCACACCACACUGCUCUCUGUACCCCGCUCAGAUAUCUGAACAUAACCUCUUAACUCAACACAGAAACGGCUGUCUGCAACAUCACAGCGAUGAAACCGCUGUUCAUUUCUUUACUCGGAGAGACUGGAGAUUCAGUCUUCCAUGAGGAAGUGCUGCCGAUUGUAGGAUGAAAGUGUCAAAAAAGCUUGUUUAUUAGCCGGCCCAGACGGAAUCUGCAGCUUUAUUCACUACGGAAAUUCCAAUGCGGAAUUCUGCGAAAUGGAUCAAAUGUGAUAAAUUGGAAAGUGCUACAUUGUUAUUUCCAGCUGGAAGCAUUGUCAGAUUUGCCAAAAUGUUUAUUAAAAGGACAUGUGCGGGACGAAUGAUGUGUAGGACUUUCCGAAUCAUGAGCGUUCUGUGGAAACCUGCGCAGAUUCCACGUGGGCCUGGUCGUGCGUUCAAGAUCAUGUGUGCAUGCGGUGACACACUUUUUGAAUCAAACUCUCCGUUGCUGGCGUUGCACAUGAGUGACACAGAAGAUGUUUCUAAAAGCUGCUGUCCCGUUUGCUGGGACGUUCUCUGCCUACAGGAGCAACAUGCAGCAACUGCAAACUGCAAACAGCUGUUUGGACACAUCAUAAGUCUUCCUCCAUCUCCCUUUGUUCCAUCUCUCCUCGUGUUUACAACAGUGCACCUGUCCCUUUAAGAGAAUCUGUGCAGUUAGUGGAGAGGCGUGUGAGUGUGGAUCCGGUCCCUUGCCAAUAUAUUCAGACCUUCACCAGUUCACUUAUAUAAAAACAACUCUUUUAGUCAAUUUUACUAUUACUGACAGACACCUAACUCUCAGUAAACUUAAACUGAUGCAGUGCAACAGACUGGAAAGACACCUCAAAUCAUGAGGCUUGUUUCCAAAUGAUUUCAGUUAUAAAAAAAGGGCAAGAAAAUCUAAUCUCAUAGCCACAUUUAGGACCAGAAUAUCAUUAACCAAACCAUAGCCAUGUCUUGAACUCAGUGGUAGUGGUCUUGAAAGACCGCAGUGGUAAAGGUCUUUUUAUUUAAAAAAAAUAAAAUACUAUAUAUAUAUAUAUAUA